CUACUUCACAGUCUAUGACAUGACGCUCCACCGAAGGAUAAAUUCGCAGCACGCAAGUCUGGCAUACAAACUCUCCAAAGCCCAAGAUCGCAGUUCUCAACGAUAUACUACACUACCAGACAUGAACCAAAGCACAAUCUUCCUCAUAGUAACAAUCUUCCCAUGUCUCGCAACCUUAGCAUUUCUCUUCUCACUCCUGACCUUCCACCGAACUCAAAGAACCCUACAAACUGGCCGUCGACUCCGACGCCUAGAAGCAGAAGCAAUUCUCACCACUAGUACUGUCGAUCAUCUUGCAGCUCUCGUUGAGAAUGACAGACGGCGCAUUCAGUCCUUGGCCAACGGGUUGCACGCAACGAGAAGGCUUAUGGAGAGACAGGAAGGUCAACGUAACCGGGUGUCAGAAAGUCCAAACACCAGCAGAACUCCCAGAAUACAUAGACAAGUUAGUGCAGAGCAAGCUCAUACUAAUGGCGUCGUACCAGGGCGAAUGGCUGGAAGACUACGUCCUACAGUACAUGCCACGACUCGCCUACAACACCCUGAGGUCAUCACCUCUCCAGGACGGACUCAUUCCUCUGGAGAUGAAGGAGAACACUAUAGAGCAAGUCGGUCAGCUGAUGCCUCAAACACACCAUUACCCUCAUCACUAGACCAGAUCCGAUAUCACAUUUCAAUCCAGAUCGAGUCAGGUGUUGAGCAGUUUGAAAAUGCUUCAAGUGGGGGCUCUGAAGAGGGUGAAGUGAACGGUGCGAGGCAGGAGAUCAACGGCGAAGAUCCCAGUGUGAGUGCCAGAAUAAACGGCGAAAUGGUCAACGGCAAUCCCCAUAGCGAAAGCCAAACAACCCUCGUCGAAGGAGAUGCCGACCGCAAUCUCAACGCAAGCCCGUCACCAUCGUCUCCAUCCCCUUCCAGUAUAUCGUCUAGCUCUGUCUCCCUCCGCAGGCUAAACCCUACACUCAGUGGCGACACUCUCGUUAACACUUAUAGUAGUGAUUCGGACCACGUUCCGCUCUUAGCGAUUCGACGCCGCGUGGUAAUGAGAAGUGCUGCACCGCGUCGAGGGGAAGCGUUGACACCAGCGCAACAUGUGCAGUUAGAGGAUCUCGAGGCGGACCUACGGGAAGCGGAGGGCGGGUGGUGGGGUCUGAGGGACGGAAAUACUGAAGAGGAGAGGACACGCGCGGGCGCGAGUCGGCUUGCUGAUGCGGAGCUGCGUACUGGAGGAAGGCAGGAUGUGAAUCUAGUUGGGAGGGAGGCCUCUGAUUCGGCGGUGAUCGGAGACGACGAGGCAUAUUUAGAUGAAGAAGGAGAGACCAGAGAGGGGACUUGUUAG